CUACAUUUUCUUUCUAUUCAUUAUUUUAUCUCUAAUCCAAUCCCAAACUCUUAAACAUAUCACACUACUCCAUUAGAUCUACCUUUUAAUUCAUACACUCUUCUUCUCUUUGCAUUCUCUUUUCUUCAUCUCUCAAACAUGUCUUCUUCUCCUCCUCCUUGUGCAUUUCUUCAUUCAAACUCAUCUUUUUCCAAACUCUAUUCUCCUUCAACACAACCCAUUUCUUGUAUUUCACGCCAGCUCAUCAAUUACAGCUCAGAUGGACUCGUUUACUCUCGGCCCAAAACACCCAUUUGGGCUCCUGCUCCCUCGGCUUCUCGUUUUAAGCUCUUCGCCGUCGGUGGCCCAAAAGCUACAGUAGUUACUGGCAACUCAUGGGAGAAAUCAGUUUUAAACAGUAAAGUACCUGUACUUGUGGAAUUCUACGCUAGCUGGUGUGGUCCAUGUGCAAUGGUUCAUCGGGUGAUUGAUGAGAUCGCGACAGAGUAUGCUGGAAGAAUUGAUUGCUUCGUACUCCAUGCAGACAAUGAGUUGCAAAUUGCUAACGAGUAUGAUAUCAAGGCUGUGCCAGUGGUCAUGCUUUUCAAAAAUGGAGAGAAAUGCGAAACUGUGGUUGGUACCAUGCCAAAGGAAUUUUACGUAGCUGCUGUAGAGAGAGUGUUGUCCUAGUCCCAAAUUAUAGAACUACCGAUCAACUCUUCGGUACAUACUAUCAGAAUAGUAUUGCACAGCUUUUCAGAACUUAAAAUUUUCCAGUUUCCAGUUUCAGUCCGUUUGUUACUUUGAUAUAUGUCGUGCUCAUGUAUAAAACUGAAAGCUCUGCAUAACCAAGUUUAAUACAAUUUUUGAACUGAUAGUAUAGUAUUUAA